UUUGAUUUCAUAAUUAUUUAUCAGUUUAUCUUAAAUUACUAAUUAGUCCGUUAUUGUAUGGUAUAGUUGUUUGUUCCAGAGUUCAAGCAAACUCUGUUUUAAAAUGGAAACAAAAAUAUCGAUAUUUGUUAUUUUACUUAUAUUAUGUUUAACAUUAACAAAUGCGAAAUACUUCGAAUCAUGUGCUUUAAAGGCAUGUGCUACAACAAAUUCCUCAAAAAUAAAUGUUCAUUUGAUUGCACAUUCCCACAAUGAUCUAGGUUGGCUAAAAACAGCUGAGGACUACUUUUAUGGAGAACACAAUGAUAUACAAAAUGGAGGCGCUCAAUAUGUUUUAGAUUCUGUUUUGCAAGCUCUAACGCAAAAUGAAGAUCGUAGAUUUAUACAAGCUGAGACAUUAUAUUUUUGGAAAUGGUGGCAAAUCCAACCUGAAAACAAGAGGCAGAUUUUCAAGAAUUUUGUAGACACUGGCAAAAUUGAAAUGGUUGGCGGAGGAUGGUCAGUGAAUGAUGAGGCUUGUGUAAACUAUCAGUCUACGAUUAAUCAGUUGACUUGGGGUCUUAGAAUACUUAAUGACACUUUGGGCGAAUGCGGUCGUCCCAAAAUUGGUUGGCAGAUCGGUACAUUCGGUCAUAGCAGAGAGCAGGCUUCCAUAUUUCAGCAAAUGGAUUACAACGGUAUUUUCUUUACUCAUAUUAGUGACGACAAAAGGGCCACUUUGAACAUAAGCCAUAAUCUUGAAUUUAUGUGGACCACCAACGAUAAUUUUGAGAAGAGCAAUAUUUUUACCAGUAUCAUGGGCAGCCCUUAUGCUCCAAGUGGUUUUUGUUGGGAUUAUGUACAAUGUAAUUCAGAUGGUAUUAACGAUGAUCCAGACAGUUUUGAUUAUAAUUUGGAUAAAAAGGUAGAUGAAUUUGCACAAAAUAUAGACCACUAUGCUAAAUAUUUCCGAACACAUAAUAUUCUAUAUCCCAUGGGAGGAGAUUUCCAGUAUCAAGCCGCUGAAAUCAAUUAUUUAAACAUUGACAAACUCAUAAAAGGAUUUCAGAAUCACCCCGUAUAUAAUCAAACCUACAACAUAUUUUAUUCGACGCCAUCUUGUUACGUAAAAGAAAUAGAGCAGUCCGGAGUUCUGUUGGAAGUUAUGAAAACGGAAGACUUCUUUCCAUAUAACGACAACCAGCACAGCUACUGGUCAGGACUGUACACAUCAAGGCCUGCCCUAAAGAAACUUGAACGAACUAGUAGUAAUAUUUUAAAGGCAGCCCAACAAAUCAAUUCAUUUGCCAAAAUGAGAAAAAUUAUAAAUGGAUCGAAAGCCGAAGAAAAUUUGAGGAGUCUCAGAGAGGCAGUUGCUACUGUACAACACCACAACGCUAUUACUGGUACACAAAAAGAACGAGUGGCACAGGAUUAUUCUAGAAUGCUAAGAGAUGCUAUAAAAACUAAUGAAGAAGGUGUUAGGAAUAUACUUAGAAAGCUACUUAAAGUGAAUGAAUCAGCUGAUGAUGUUAAAUUACCACUAGCAACAUGUCUCCUAACUAACGUAAGCAUUUGUGAACAUACGAUGAAGAGCAGAUCUUUGAUUGUUGUGUAUAACCCGUUGGCAAGACCUAUAGAUUAUUUCCUGAGGAUACCGGUAAAUAACGUUAACUACACACUUACUGGACCAGAAGGUUUUGUAGACUUUGACAUUGUAAGGCACAUGCAGUAUCCCAUAAAGUAUCCAUCAUCAAGUGAUUAUGAACUUGUAGCUGCUAUAAACAUCCCACCAAUGGGUCUAAAAGUUUACUAUCUAGAGAAAGUUAAUGAUAAAUCUGUAGCUAUAGAACCGCAGAAAGUUGAAAGUGAUCCAGUCUUUUUGAAAAGUGGGGGUUCUACUCUACGUUUUGAUCCCAUAACACGCACUCACAACGUAACGAUUAACAAUCGUACAGAAAAACUAACACAAGAAUUCUUGUUUUACCGAAGUAACAACGGUUCUGCAGAUGGAAUCAGUUCUGGAGCUUACGUCUUCAGACAAGUAGCUGGUAACCCACCGCUAAAUGUUUUAGAUAAGAAGUAUUAUGAAGUCCUCUAUAUCGAAGGCAAAGUGGUUCAAGAAAUUAUACAACGUGUCGGAAAAUACGUGACGCAAACCAUAAGACUUCACAGUGAAAAAGCCAAUGAAGAUAGUAUAGAUUAUGUUGAAUUCGAUUGGAUGAUAGGACCCUUAGAUAACAACACUGUAGAUAUUAAAAAUAAUGUCGGAAAAGAAAUUAUUGCGCAAUAUUCCUUGGAUGGUAUUAAGAACUAUUACUUUUAUACGGAUUCUAAUGGAAGACAAAUGCUUGAAAGAAAGAAUAUUAAUAUUUCGUAUACUGACUUGACUAAGGAAGCAUUCAGUUCCAACUAUUAUCCGGUUACAUCAUUUAUAGCACUUAAAGAUUAUAUGAAUAAUGUUAAGUGGUCUAUUUUAACAGAUCGGACACAGGGUGGAGCUAAUGUAAAAGUAGGAUAUCUGGAGUUGAUGCUUCACAGAAGAACUUUAGAAGAUGAUCACAAAGGUAUUGAGGAAGCGCUUCAGGAAAUGGAAUUUGGCAAAUAUGCUGUUACUCGUGGUUCCCAUUAUAUAACAAUGAGUUAUGUUAAUGAUUCAAAAGUUGAAAGAAUUUUAGCACUAAACAAGUUGUUGCAACCAUGGGUAUUAACAGCUGACGCUACAUCGGAUGAUCUGGCUCUUGAUAAACUACAGAAAAUUAUAAAAUUUCAGUGGAAUGGACUAACCAUUAAUGAAGGUAAAGGUUUACCCAACAAUAUUAAUAUUUUAAAUUUUGAACCAUGGAAAGAGGAUACAUAUCUCUUGAGACUGGAACACAUUUUGGCUAUUGGCGAAGAUAAAGAGCUCUCGGAAAAGGCUUCAGUAGAUUUAAAGAACUUGUUUGAUCCAUUCGUAAUUUCUUCCAUAUCUGAGUUAACUUUGGGAGCUAAUGAAUUCAUCGAUGACAAAGACAUUGAAGGCUGGAAUUAUACUAUAGUGCUGGAGCCAAUGGAAAUAAGAACUUUUCUGAUUACUCUAGAUCAAAACUAAUAGAUUUGUCUUAUAUGUACAGUUAUGCUAGAAAAAAUUUGUAAUACUUUUUUGGACUAAUAAUAAAGCCGCGAUCACAUAAUGUA